CUUUUUUUUGAUUCACCAAAAGUGUGCAAAUCAUGUUUGAUGUUGAUCAAAGUAAAGACCAAAACUGAUACCAAACAACAACAUUGUCACACAAUUUAACCUUAAUUGUCUUCCUCUUUCUAAUCAGUGCAUCUUGUGUCUACCAACUUUACUAGUGAUUAACCAUCAUCCAGUGAACUUGACCAAACUGAGAAUCUUGAAAAGUCGGAAACAAAAAAUUCAAUUGCAAUUUCGUUACAUCAAUGGUUACGUUAAUUUGUUGACAUCUUUAAUCGUCUUUACAAUGAUUUUGUUAUUUAUUGAUUUGUAAUUUUCAUUUGGAUUUAUCAACUUUGGCCAUUUACCGAUUGUUUUGCUCGUUGCAACUUCAACUUCGUUAAUUUACUUGCAAUCAACUAAUUAUUGACGUGACUUGCACCAUUUAAAUGUUAUUGUUGCAACAAUUUAACUCAAAUCAACUGAUCAACUAACCAAUGGAAUUAUAUUGAACAAAGUUUUCACCAAUUGUUCAUCUUAAUCAUCAUUGCCAAGGAAUUAACUGAAUCAAAUUAAUACCAAUGACCAAGAACAGCAAGGCAAUCAAAUGUACCAAAAACAAUUGCAGUUGUGAAUGUUUCUCUCCAGGCAAAGGAAUCCAUUUCAGGGAAUGUUCAUCAUGUAAUCAUCCUUGGAUACAUCAUGCUUUGGAUAAACUUGGCUCAGUAAAUGUUGGAGAUGAUGUUACAAGUGAAGAUAUUGCCAUCAACACAGCAUUUGAUGUUACCUCGUUGGUCUUGUUUGGUACAACUGCGUUACCGGUUCGAUUGAAGAUACUUUUAGAUAAGAUGUUCAGCAGUUUAUCACCUAAAGAUGUUAUCAGAAUACUCUCGGCUUUUGGUUGGUCUUAUGAGGAUUAUAGUCGAGCUUAUAAGCUAGAGGAUUCAGACGGUAAACAUCUAACUAAAUGGACAAUGGUCAGUCAUGAAGAAGAAAUCCUAGUAUUAAAACAGCUUCUUCGAUUCAACCAAACGAAAAGUGUUGCUCAUCAUUUCCUUCUCAAUGAUCCAUUUCCUUGGAAUGAUCUGAUGACCGUUGCUCCUGCCGCUGUUACUGCUGCUGCUGCCGCUGCUGCCGCCGCUGCUGCUGCGGCUUCGUCUAAUGCGUUAACCUCUUCCUCUUCAUCGCCUCCUUUAACUAGUGCAACAUCGACAACACCACCAACCACGGCGUCUUCCGUAUCACCUUUAAAUCUUUUGUCCACCAGUGGAUUUAAUAGUUCAAUUGGUAACGGUAAAUCAAUUGACAGUGAAAUUUUGCGCUUCAUUGAGAAAACAAAUCGAUCUCGACAAUCAUCCAAUAGUGCUAAUAGUAACAACAGCAACAAUAUCAGUAACAAUAACAAUAGUAUCAGUAAUAACAGUAAUACCAUGUUGGGAUCGUCUUCACCAAAUUAUCCAAGCAACUGUAAAAGUCCAUCAAAUCUUCCGCUUAGUUUAACCUCAUUGGGACGAUCAAUAAUGUCACCAGAUGAUCGUUAUCUCAAUCACAGUUCGUCUUCACUGACCAAACCUGGAGAUUCACUUAUAACGGGUAAUGCUCCUUCACCAUUGAAUCGUUAUCCAUCAACCUCUUCAUCUGUUGCUGUUGCUACUUCUUCGUCUACUUGUGCAUCUGCUUCCAUGCAACCCUUUGACUUUAGGUGCAAUUCAUCUCGACAUCAAACAUCUUCAUCAUCUCCUGUAAAUAAUUCAAUUGGCUUGAAAAGUGAUCAUCUUUCAAGUUCAUCUUCAACACUCGGUGUCAAUAAUUUAUCAUUGACUGGCUCUGGUAACACUUUAUCGUGUAAAACUGAUGAAAUUGUUAAAAGUCUUCAUAAUAGCCUUUCACUUGUUUCACCAAAAGAUAAUGCCAUGGCUUCAAGCUUAUUAAGUUCAAGUUCAAUUGGACUAGCAGGUUUAGCUGAAUCUUUUAAAUUAUCAUCUUCAUCUGGAAACCACCAUCACCAUAGAUCAUCGUCAUCUCCACACGGAAAUCACCAUCAACACCACCAUUCAAACCAUCAUCUUUCAAUGAGAGGAUUAACAUCAUCCUCUUCAUCAACAGGUCUUCGUCGACCUCGAUCAACAGGCAAUUCAGAAUCUAGUUUAACUGACGGUGAACCAGGUUCUGAUGGUGAAACCGAUACAAAUACCAGUGAAAGUGUAAUAAAUUUGUCAGCCGGCUCAUACGAUAUGUCACUAUCCAACUCUUCACUAUCCAAAUCAUCGUCCCGUCAUCAUCGUAAAUCAAAUAAUCCAAUGAGAAUGAAACGCUUAAAUCCAGUUGUUCUCAGUCAAAUGACCACCAAUCCAUCAACGGGUAAAAAACGAGUUCCUUGUAAUGUUUGUAGGAAAACCUUUUGUGAUAAAGGAGCGCUUAAAAUUCACUAUUCAGCUGUUCACUUGAAGGAGAUGCAUCAAUGUACAGUUUCAGGGUGUACAAUGACCUUCUCAUCGAGGCGAAGUCGUAAUCGUCAUUCAGCUAAUCCAAAUCCUAAACUUCAUACGCCAAAUAUGAGGCGUAAAAUGAAUCCGCAUGAUGGACGAUCAGCUAAUCCUUACCCUUUGUUACAAGGAUUAGCACCAGGGUCACCACUUGAUUUUGGCUCACCAUCAGCCAAUGUUUUAUCAUCUGGUGGCUUGUUGGGUGGAGUGUCGGGUGUUAAUCCGUCAGGUCGAACUCUUCUUUCCUCUUCGGGAGGAAUCUUGGGUCAAGGAAGUUCUUCUAAUCAUUCUUCAACUUCACUUGUUCCUUCAUCUCUACACUUACAAAGUAAUCAUCCUCAUCCAUCUUUAUCUGCUUCAGUUCAUGGCUUUACCUCAGCUCUAUAUGAUUCGGAACGAGGUAAUCCCGAGUCAAGUCAGUUAACAUCGUCAUCUUCAAUCUAUACUGGCGAUGGUAAAGAUGGACAUUCUCGUGACAUGUCACCCUCUUCGUCUCGAGAUGCCCAUUCACCUUCUGAAAUGAUGAUGAUGAUGACAACUGGCUCGACAACUACAGCAACAACAUCAACGACUACAGCUUCAGUGCCAACAUCAACAACAAAAGGACUAUCGUCACCAUCGACAUCUAAACCAUUUGAUCGGGAUGGUGAAAUGUCUGCCCUUUCAUUAACCAACAAAAAGAUGAGAAGAGAAGAUGAAGAAAUGAUCUCUUGUGAUGAAAAUAGUAAUGAACCUGAAGAAGGAAUUAAUCUUAGUGUUCGCCGUAACUCUAGAUCAAAUAAUAACAAUGAUAAUAACAAUAAUCGAGAUAAUGAUUCUAUACCAUCUAGAGUAUCAGAAAAUAAUAAUUUAUUGAACCGUAAUGACAAUUUUAAUAGUAACAACAAUAACAGUGAUACUUCUACAAACAAAAGGAAACGUAAAAGUUUAAAUCCAAUUAGAUGUGAACCAUCAUUAAUUGAAGGAGCAUCCGAUGAAGAAGAUGAUAAUGACGAUAAUGAUGAUAAUGAUUUACCCGAUUCAUGUGAUGAUUCUUCCAGUGGAACGUAUAUUGGACGAAUGGAAGAUAAUGAAAUUGUUAAUGAUGACGAUGAUGAUUCUAAAACUGAAGAUGAACAGGAUGAUGGUGAUGACGGUGAUGAUGAUGAUUCCUUGGAUGGAAGUUUACCUUCAUCGGUUCGUCGUCGUAAAUCCAAUAGAUCUAGAAAGUCAAAUAUUGUUGAUAGUAAAAGACGGUUUGAAAAAGAGAGACGAGAAAGACAAGAACAGGGCUCAGCUGAUCAACCAGAGGGCGACAAUGACGAUGAUGCCAUGGGUGAAGAGUUUGAAGACGAGGAUAUUGGAACUGGUAGAGAAGAAGAAGAUGCUUUUGGUACCAUGGAUUUAUCCAAAAAAAGUAAUCGAGAUAGUUCAAGUAACUAUCAUCAUCCAGAAUCACUUUCAUCUCGAUCUCGGAAACCUCUUUCUGGAGCUGACAAUAGUAAAGGUGCUUGUUCAACUGGUGAUGUUAACAAUGGACGUAACCAUUCAUCGUCUUCAUCGUCUUCAUCUUCAAUCAUUGCUAGUGGCCAUGAGAAGGAAAAUUGUGGAUUACCAAAGUUACCCUUUAUUCCAACUGGAUUACCAUUGGAUAAUAACUCGUUCCGGGAUAAUACUGAAAACAAUCCUCUUCGUCAUCUUGAAUCUCUUUCAAUGGGAUCCUUUUCGGGUUUAACAGGGUCAACAACUGGAUCUUCAAUAACUCAUAAUUUGCAUUCUAACCUUUUCCCUGGAUCGCCAGCUCUCUCUUUUCAUGCUCCUGGACUAGGUUUGGGUCGUCCUGAAAUAUCAAUGAAUGAGCUUAAUGAUCGUAAGGUGAAGAAAGAGUCAAACUCUGAAUCUCAUUCAACUAGAGAGCGAAAUCGUUCUGAAGAACGAGAUAUUUCUUCUGGUCAUCAACAUCAUCGUAGUUCCAAACUUUCAUCGUCUACCUCGUCACUCUCAACAGUCUCAUCUUUACACCAUCAUCAACACUUGUUGUCCUCAUCAUCCAUGAACAAUGGUGGAUCCUCUGGAACCAGUCAAAAUCAAGAUGUUAAACUUGAACGAUCUGGUGAAUUAGAUAACAAUAACCAUCAACAAUCUCAACUCAAUUCAACCAGUUCAUCAUCCUCAUUGAUGAACAACCAUUUCACAAGUCCUGUUCAUCCAUCAACCUUGCAAGGUUUAACAACACCGAUCUAUCGUGAUGCUUCAUUAAUAGGAACAAUUGAAAUUCCAGUUGAUAAAGACAAUCCUCGUCGCUGUGUUACUUGUGGUAAAACCUUUCAAAAUCAUUUUGGUGUUAAAACACAUUAUCAAAAUGUCCAUCUCAAGGUUAUGCACAAAUGUAAUGUUGAAGGAUGUACUGCGUCUUUUCCGUCUAAGAGAUCCCGAGAUCGUCACUCUGCAAACAUGAAUCUUCAUCGUAAAUUAUUGUCAACUCAUCAAGAUAAAGGAGUUCCUUUUGGUCUUGAUAAGGCAACUGCCGCGGCAGCUGCUGCAGCCGCAGCAGCAGCAAGUGGAGCCAACGUUUUAUUUCCAUACACUGGUGCCAAUGUGAUGAGAGAUGAUUUAUUAUCUCGAUUCUAUGAUUCCUCUUCUUUUAAUUUAUCCGAUCUUUACUCAGGCCGAGUCCCACCUGAUUUUUUGGCUGCAAUGACAGCCUUUAUGCCAUUGUCAAAUUAUCCUCACACUUUUACUCUACCAACUCGUCCUCCCGGGUCAAGUACUGGUGAUAUCCAAGGUUUAAUUAGAGAUAAUUCAUCGCCCCAAUCAUCCAGCGGAGGAAGAUUGUCUACAGGAUUAUCUAACAAUACCAAUAACUUGGGAUCAACAACGACAGCAACAUUAACCUCAACAAAAACCAAAAGUACAACAUCAAGUCCAUCUUCACCACCGAACCGUGAUUACUCUUCACCUUCAUCUUCUUCCCAUCAUCACCAUCCUUCCGAACAAUCUAAUCGAAGAUCUGUCUCUCCUGUAGCUAAUUACAGUUCAUCAUCUGGUAAUCAUCAUCGUCGUUCACACCAUCAUUCUCAUCAACAUGAAAGAAGAUCAGUUAGUCCAUCGGGAGGAUCAAGUCCACACAGUAAUCGAGCUUCACCAGAACCCAAUGGUCAUCACCAUCAUCAAUCUCGUCACUUGUCAAAUCAUCAUUAUCACCAUUCAUCUCACCAUGAACGAUCAACUGAAUCGGGCGCUAUGGGCAAUAACAACAAUAGCAACAAAAAUAAUAGUAAUAGUAAAAUUAUAAAUAGUAACAAUAAUAAUAAUAAUGUUGAUAAACGUAAUCUCGGCCUUUUGGGCAAAAUAAGUGUUUCUGAUUUAUCUACCGAGCUAUCCAAAUUUCCACCCGUUGUUGAUGGUAAUUUUAUUUGCGUCUUUUGUAAAUCAUUGUCAUUUAGUGAAAGAUCAAGGUUGAAGGAUCAUUAUGAUUCAAGCCAUUACGAGGAGCUUUCUCAAUUUUCUCGAGAACCUUUCAAUAAAUUGUUACUAUCCUCACCCUCAUUGACAGUUUCAUCGCCACCACCACGACAGUCACCCUCUCUAGCUCCACCGACCUCUUCUCAACUAACAACCGGACGAUCCUCAUCAGUAUCAUCAUCUCCUAAUUCAUCUCCAAACUCAGGAGCUGGAUUAACACCAACCUCAACAAUUCCUUUUUCACUUUCACCAAUAUCAUCAUCAUCACAUCUUCAACGAUCCUCAUCGCACUCACCUCCACCGCUUUCAUUGACAAAUCACCAUCAUCGGUCUCACCGCGAAUCAGCUUCACCCAUUUCCUGUUCCAAGAGUAUUCAAGACUAAUUCAACUUGAAUUGUUAAACCCAGACAUUCUGAAUCUCAAUUUAAACGUCCAACCCAAUUUGAUUACCAAUCUAUUGCCAGGAAUACAAAUUUAGCUAGAAACCAAUGAAGAGCCGAGGAAGCAAAUUAAGAGCAAAGAAAAACAAAAAUGCAAUUGACGUCAACUGCAUCAUUACAAAAUUGAAAAUGGUUAAUUAAUAUAUCUGAGCUGCCAAUUAAUUCAAAUCUCAUUAAGAAACGAAUGAACAAAAACAUCAUCAUAAACAUCCUUACCAUUAGCGUCAUUAUUAUUAUUAUUAUCAUUAACAUUAUCAUUACAAACAUCAGCAUCAUUGUCAUCAUCAUUAUUAUUGCUAUUAACAUUGCUAUUAUCAUCAUUGUCUUUACUUCUUCUUCAUCAUCUUCUUUGUCUUCAAUUUACUUUCGCUUGCCAACAAUUUUUCUUAAUUGAUAAUUUCAGACUAUUUGAUUGGCCUGAUCACUCUCAUUGAAUGGUUUAAAUCGAUGCUGCUUCGUUUAUUCAUUGCAUUUACUUGGAUCUUAGUAAUUGAAAAAACAACAAUUAAGACCCAAAGAAACAAUUUACAAACCAUCAACUGAUUAACAAAUUGCACAAUUAGGUAAAAAAGCAAAUAAUCCUACAAUUAUUUGUAACUCUGUAGUUAAUAAACAAACAAACAAUUAUGAUGAUCAUUUUUAAAUUAUCAAACUUAUGAACAAGCGUUGAUUAAAAACAUGAGCUGUUUUUUUUUGAUUUUGAAAACAAUCAACAAUAUGUAAUAUAUAUAUAUUAAAUAUUUGCAUUUAAA